GUGUCCUUCGGCUGCCAGUGACGUUUGUGGCGCCAGAAAUCAAGGAGGAGCGCUCCACAAUUUGAAAACGAUGCGCUGUCGUUCAAAGUAAUCGGCUUAUUAAAAUCUUGACAAACACUUUAUACAGUGAGUUUUCCUGCCGAAUGAUUUGAGAGUCUUAGAAGGCUCAUUAAGGAUGGUGAUGCUGCGCGGUAACGGUGAUAUGGACUCGAGCGCGGAGUUUCUGUCCCUGAAUCCACCUCAGAGAAAGUCCGCGCGGCUAAAAAAGACUCAUGAUGACAGUUUAACGAGUGUCGACGACAGUCCUGUUAAUGGAUUUUUGUCUGUAAAGGAGGAAAACAGCAUGAGGAGCAGAGCCCAGAAAGGAAGACAUGCGGUCACCUUUGCUGAUAUGAAUGGACAAACCGGCAAAUCCCCUACAAAAGAGGAGAUAAAAGGAAAGCAUUUAAGGAAAUCACCAAGAUUUCAGACAGAUGGAGAGAGAUCUGCAGAUGAACACACAGAUGAGGCAGAAUCGACUCCAGUUACUAGGAACCUGCGAGGCCGGAUUCAGAGGCAGGAGGACGACAGCGCUGUAAGACGCAGCUCCAGGAUCACAAGAUAUAGCCAUCAUGCCAGGAACCAGUCGGUCCUUUAUGACAGGCUCAUUACAAACACUGCAGAGGCUGUGCUUCAGAAGAUGGAUGACAUGCAGAAAAUGCGUCGACGGUUAAGGAGCAUGGACAAUGAGAAGGAGAACAUAAGAAUUUACCCUGGAACCAAGAGGAAGAGGAUCACAAAAUCUUCAGAGAGUGCACAAGAGGAGAGUUCUGACAACCACGAGAAUGAAUACAGUGAUCAUGACGAGGAGGAUGAAGAAGGUGAGGGUGAGGAGGAAGAAAAUGACGAAGAGGAUGAGGAUGAAGAUGAGGAUGAGGAAGACCAUGGAAAACGCUAUGAUUUCAGACAAAGAAAAGCUGUUGUGCGCUACCAGGCGCCCCUUGAAGAGCCAAAGAAGCAGAGCAUUUUUUUCAAACGUCACUCCACUCCGAUGAGAAGAAGAUAUUCCUUUAGUUCUGCAGGUCCAAGGAGCCUGUACAAUAACAGGAGGAGCACCAGGAGAAGACACGCCAUCCACAGUAGUGACUCCACAUCCUCUUCUUCCUCUGAUGAAGAAAAAUUUGAAAGACGAAGAAGCAAGAGUCGUAACAGGUCAAUAAACAGAUGCCUUCCUAUGAAUUUACGGAAGGAGGACUUGUUGGGAAUCCACAAGGAUAGGAUGAAAGUUGGAGCGAGUCUUGCAGAUGUGGAUCCAAUGCAGAUUGACCAAACGGUGCGCUUUGACAGCAUCGGUGGUUUGGGCAGGCACAUAUCUGCGCUCAAAGAGAUGCUUGUGUUUCCUUUGCUUUACCCUGAAGUUUUCGAGAAGUUUAAGAUUCAACCUCCAAGGGGCUGUCUGUUUUAUGGCCCUCCCGGGACAGGAAAGACUCUGGUUGCUCGAGCCUUGGCAAACGAGUGCAGUCAGGGUGAAAAGAAGGUGGCGUUCUUUAUGAGAAAAGGGGCAGAUUGCUUAAGCAAAUGGGUGGGAGAAUCUGAGCGACAGCUCCGGCUCCUGUUUGACCAGGCAUACCAGAUGCGUCCGUCAAUUAUUUUCUUUGAUGAAAUCGAUGGCAUCGCACCUGUUCGGUCCAGCCGACAAGACCAGAUACACAGUUCCAUUGUGUCCACACUGCUGGCUUUAAUGGAUGGUUUGGACAGUCGUGGCGAGGUGGUUGUUAUCGGCGCCACUAACCGUCUGGACUCCAUAGAUCCUGCUCUCAGACGACCCGGACGAUUCGACAGAGAGUUUCUCUUCAGCUUACCUGAUAGAGAGGCUCGUAGAGAUAUUUUGAAGAUCCAUACGAGGCAGUGGGACCCGCCGCUGUCUGAUGCAUUUCUUGAGGAGCUGGCUGACAAAUGUGUUGGUUACUGUGGCGCAGACAUCAAAGCUGUGUGCGCAGAAGCAGCUCUGUGUGCCCUUCGUAGACGUUACCCACAGAUCUACACUUCCUCUCAGAAACUCCUGCUGGACGUGGAGUCCAUCAACAUUAGUGGCCGGGACUUCCUGUCAGCCAUGAGGAAAAUAGUUCCAGCCUCUCAAAGAGCGGUGGCCUCUCCAGCGAAAGCUCUUUCACCUGUAAUUGAACCCCUGCUCAGCUCUGCCCUCAGUAAUGCCAUGGAGAUGCUGCAAAAACUUUUUCCUCAUGUAGAGCAGAGCCUCAAGAAGAACAAACACCCUGAGGGCAUGUCUGGCAUCUUAGAAGAUCUACUACUGAGUGAAGAUGAGGGGUCUUCUAUGUGCAUCACUAAUAAAGGCCAGAAGACCACUGGACCUGUACCAUCUGCACUCCAUCUGAGCAGAAGCACCCAGCAGCAGCCCACCUCAUUCAGACCCAGACUGCUGCUCUGUGGGACAUCAGGCUCUGGUCAGACUUCACAUUUGGCUCCUGCUAUUCUUCAUGCUCUCGAGAAGUUCACGGUGUAUACACUUGACAUAGCUGUACUGUAUGGGGUCAGUUCCUCCACACCAGAGGAGGCUUGUGCGAAGGUUUUCUGUGAGGCGAGGAGAACGGCUCCCAGCAUUCUGUAUAUUCCUCACAUCCAGCAAUGGUGGGAAACCGUGAACUCCACGUUGAAGGCCACAUUCAUCAGUCUCCUGCAGGACAUCCCAUCAUUCUCCCCCUGCCUCCUGCUUGCCACGUGCAGCUACCCUCACCAGACACUUUAUCCUGAGGUGCAGGACCUCUUUCAUGUUGAGUACGGUGAAGUAUUCAACGUUCCACUUCCUUCUCGAGCAGAGAGGUUUAGAUUCUUUCAGGAUCUUAUUUUAAAUCAAGCUGCGAAAGCCCCAACAUCUAAAAGAGAAGCGGUGCUCCAGGCACUAGAGGUGCUACCAGUAGCCCCUGCACCUCCUCCCCGUCAGCUCUCUGAACAGGAGCAGCAAAAGCUAGAAGAACAGGAAGAGAACACGCUUCGGGAACUCCGCCUCUUCUUGCGGGAUGUCACUAACAAACUGGCACAGGACAAACGCUUCAAGGCCUUCACAAGGCCAGUAGACACAGAGGAGGUUCCUGAUUACACUACAGUCAUCAAACAGCCCAUGGACCUAUCCACCGUUAUGUCCAAUAUCGACCUGCACAAAUAUGACACGGUGGCUGCUUACCUGCACGAUGUGGAUCUGAUCUGGAAAAAUGCCCUUGAAUACAACCCAGACAAAGACCCCUCAGAUCGGCUUAUAAGGCACCGUGCUUGCGCUCUCAAGGACGCUGUGCAUGUCAUAAUCAGAGACGAGUUGGAUGAGGACUUUGAGAAGAUCUGCACCGAUAUCAAGGAGUCACGCAUGAAACGAGGCUACACCUCCUCUCGGUUCACUCCUGCUUUCUACCACGUGCUGCCAAAGGUCUCUGCACCAGUGGAACAGAAGAUGAGCGAUCCACCACCCAGUAAUGAUGUUGCACCUGUGGCAACUCCAACAACAAUGACAACACGUCACACUGGAAAUAAUACAGCUUCACAAAAGAAAAAGAAGAGAAAGAAUGCAUGGUCAAAGGGCUUUAUCCGCAAAAAGAAGCAAUCCUCACAUUUGAACUCUAGAGACAACACAGCCGAUUCAGGGGACGAAGAGGAGGAUGAAGAGGAAGAUGAGGAGGAAGAUGGAAAACCAGCCGAGAGUGAACAUGCAGAGAAAUUAAAUGGUACAGAAUGUAUGGAGGUCGAUGGCUGUGCUCGUGCCAAAGACCCAGGAGAAUCAAAUUCAAACACUGGAGUGCAAAAUGAUCACAACACUAACGAUGCAAGACAACAUGAUGGUGCUGCUUCUGAAGCGGACAGAAUCGUGAAUGGAGAUGCUGUCCAGAAUAGUGAUGCCACAGUCGGCCAAAAUGACGUCCAACCAGCUGAGAGCACCAAGUCGAAAAGGGCAGAGCUGAGUUCAGAAGAAAACGCAGGAACAGAGUUCAGACUUAGGAGGAUGACGAGAGGUUUUAAGACCCAGGCUGAACAGCAGAGUCUCAUCAGUGUGGAUGCUGCCAUGAAGAUCCUAGAGCAGAAGAAUCAGCCUCUUAUUGUGGAUCACAACAAGCUGAAAGAACUUCUAGAAAGAGUUGUGGACAUGACAGAGAAAUAUGAGGUCAAUCGUCUAGAGAAGCUUUAUGCUCUGUUGUGCCAGAGCAUUUACAGACACAGAAAAGACUAUGACAAAACUGCACUUAUUCUGGAGAUGACAAAAGAAGUUGAAAAUUUCUUCUAGAUUGCUUUUUUUAUAUUACAUGAACAAUACAUUAUAUUUCUUAUAAAACACUUUUAUAAAUUAAAAUGAGCUUAUUCUGUAGACAUGUAUUGAUUAUUGUUGUUCAUAUUAAACACAGACUCAUUUGG